UCCCACUCAACGUCUAAUAUGGACGACCAGCCAGAUCUCGUCUUUAUUAACGCGUCAAACCCAGCUCGCUUUCAGGAUAAGGAUGUCCGUCGCACCGUCCGCCGCCGUGCCAUGCGCGACAUCGGCAAAGCGCGUCGUAAGCCCAAAAAUCCUCCUGCGGUGACCUUCGUCUGGCAGCCAGUAGACCCUCCUGUGCCUUGUUUAGACUCGUAUCCCCGUCCGUGGCCUGGAGGUAUAGACUCUGACCCACGGGCCCGUGAGUUGAUUCAUUUCAUGCACGCCGACGCCGAGUACAAUUACCGACCAUUCCGAAAAGUCUGGUUUACAAUGGCCCUGACUGAUCGAAGUGCUUUCAUCCUGUGUAAAGCGAAUGCAGCCAUGUUCCUUCAGAAAGCCCGACUACGAGAUGGAGACUUCCGCUACGAGCACUGUGCAGAGACUCUGAGUUAUUAUGGCCAGUGCGUUAAAGAGGUCACGCAUCGUCUCUCGGACCCGGUUGAUUGUGUUAGUGAGGGUAUUUUCACUACAAUCUUAGGGUUGAUAUGCCAUGAUUUGUAUGUUGGGACUCUGGACCGUUGGGCGUACCAUAUCCGGGGACUGGCUCGCAUAGUCAGUAUGCGAGGUGGAAUCACCGACUUGGAUACUAAUUUGAAGCUAUUUGCGUGCUGGUUUGAUGUUGUUGGAUCGGUUGCGCGGGAUUUACCACCGCAGAUGCCCCCGGCUUCAAUGAAUCUGGACAGUUUAGAGACGAGUGCAAAUGAGAUACCAGCAUGCGGUGAAAGGUUCAACAACCUGCUUGACGAUAUCAGAAACUUGAAGUCGUCGGAAGACACGGAUAUGUCCUGUCUUGUUAGAAUACUCGAGAGAAUGGCUGCAGUUGCGGCCUUCGUUAAUGAGCAUUCCUCACGAGAACCGGGAUUCUGGAAGAGUGAGGACGAUAUGCGUCCUAUCCAGUUUAUCGGGCCUAUUACUCAUGCGUUGCUUUCAAUGCCUAGAGCUGAUACAUUUAACUUGAAUGGCUUUCAGGCCACUCGCGAGAUGGCGCGGCUUGCGAUGCUUAUACUCCUUGCUGGCGUCAAAGCAAGGUAUGGCUUGAGUGCGCCUGAGAUGGAUUAUCUGCAAUCAAAGCUUUCCACGCUGGUUUCCGUCGUUGCGAAGAGCAAAAUGACUCAGCUAUUUCCGGUACUGCGGCUUUGGUGUCUCGUCGUUGCUGCUUUACUGUCAAAUGGCCCCGCGAGAAGGACGUAUGUUCAGGAGAUCUCUUCACAGAUCACGAGAAUGAAUAUCCCAGAUGGAACAGACGUAAUUACGACUGCACGGGACGUGAUAUGGAUUGAGGAUAUUGCAAGUGAGAAAGCUGUAUCAUCUCUCAUAUUCGAUAUCGACAUGGUCUACGCCGACAAUCAAAGCUGCACAACACCAACUUCAUGAUACAACAAACUUCAACCCCCCGUAAUCCCUCCACUAACAGAAAUAACCUGCCCGGUAAUCCAGCGACUCUUCUCCGAGACAAGAAGCAGCACCGCAUCCGCAAUAUCACCCGUUGUGCCAACUCUCCCCUCCGCCCUCGUCAUCGGCACCAAAAGCCCAUUCACCUUCUCGGCCUGCUC